GACAAGUUUUUACAAAUAGCCAAUUAAUACCGGAGGGGCGGGACAGUGAGUAUCUACUUGGGCCAGGCUGUGUGUUAUUGAUAAUGGUAUGUUGUUGAGUGGUUUGUAGGUAGCAGACGUGUGUUGAAAUGGGUCGGUUCCUUAACGUGCUCCGCAGCUGGCUCGUAAUUGUGUCCGUGAUUGCCGUGGGAAAUUCAGUCCAGAGUUUUCUGGAUCACAGCUUCCUCUCGGAGAAACUAUACACCGGAAGGCCAGACUUUGUAAAUGGUCUUCAAGCUCGAACCUUUGGAAUCUGGACCCUGCUCUCCUCUGUCAUUCGAUGUGCCUGUGCAAUAGACAUACAGAACAAAACGUUGUAUCAUAUCACACUGGGGACCUUUGUUCUGGCGCUUGGUCAUUUCCUGUCCGAGGCAUUUAUUUACAAAACUGCUCCACUGACAAUUGGUGUUAUGGCCCCUCUAAUUGUAGCAAGUGUUUCUAUUGUUGCGAUGAUGAUCGGUUUUCAGUGUGUGGCUGUGCCAGAGGAAGUGAUGAGAGCCCACCAGAAAAAAAGAAACUGAAUGUCUGGGAGGCGGCGGGGGAUGGACAGGAGAAGGUUCAGGAAACAAUGUAAUUACUGCACACAUCUUACUAUAAUAUAUACAUACAUACACUGAGCAUCAAAAGAAACAUUUAUAUUUGAGCAUCAAAAGAAAUGGGUCACUGAUAUUUGGAUAAAAUUCACUAGAUGUGAUCAAAAAAAUGACAAACUUUGUUUUAGAGCAUGGACUUUUGUGCCGAUCAUAGUCACUCAAGCAUGUCAUGGUCAAGGGUCAAUGACCAAGUGAUUAAAAAGAAACCAAAAACAUUUCGUCAC